AUGUCUCAUGGUAAAUUUACGAGAUUGGCUGUACUGUUAGACUUGUCCAAACCAUUGUGUGUCCAAUUUACGAUUCACGUCAAGGUGCAAAGGGUAGAGUAUGAAUGUCUCCCGGAGAUUUGCUUUCAGUAUGGUAAAUAUGGACACUGCAGUGCCGGAUGUCUUGAUCGUGUACCAAAUGCCCCACAAACCAAAGCUGGAGGUUCUACAGUACUCGUUGCCAGUAGCGAUGGAUGUACACGACGGGCCGCAGGAGAGCCGUCGGAAAAAAUGGAAUUUGGGCCAUCGAUGCAGGUGCCGCAGAAAGAAACGAUCUCAUACAAGAGAGAUAAGGGGACAACUAGUCAGCCUACCAAGGUUAAUUUUGGUGUUUUAUCCAAUGAUAAUGAUGGAAAUCUAAACUUUAAUUUUGGCGUUCAGAAGGAUGUCAACCAGAGGGUCCGCCGGUCUAUGCCUUCUGCAGAAGAGGGAUUAGGGACAAAGGUGUGGAAAGAUGCGGGUUCAAAUAUAGGUGUUGGCUGGUCUGUUGGUCAAACGGGUCGUCGGGUUGGCCCAAAAAACCAGACAAAGGUGGAGUGA